UCCCGAUUUCCACCAGUGUAAACGUGAAAAGAAAACAUCCAUGUCAGGAGGGCGGCUCUGUAAAUUUGAGUAGCAAAAAAACUGCGGUAGGUCCAAGAUAUAAAUAAGUAGAUCCUAUUCUCAACUGUAUUUAAAUUUAAAAUAACUAUUACUCAAUACCUUACAGAUUUUGAUCCAGGCAAAAAAAGCUCUCCCUCAAAACUGAGAAGCAAUGACAUUCAUGCACUAUGUAAUCAGGAUAUGGAGACUAUGAAAAAGGGCAAACCAUCAGACUGGAUGAAAAAACAAAUGAUUAGUUCAUUUUUAGAAGAGUUAAACUGUAUCGCAGACACGACUGAUGAGGAAAAUGAAGACUUACCUUAUGACGGACAUCUAGGAAAAACCUGUCACUACAGUAAUUAUUCAGAUAAUUUGAGUGACUGUACUUGUUUAAAACAUAUUUCUGAUAUUUUUUCAAACAUAUCCUGUUCUGAAGAUAACAAAAAUAUAAAAGCAGCAGCAAAUUAUGAAACUCAUCCACAACCUGGAGAAGUUUUCAAUUACCAUACAUGUGCCACAGAAACAACUGGAAUUUCAGUUGAAAUGCCUGUCAGUGAAGCUUCUUUUAAGAAAGAAUUACCUGUUUGCUUUAGUAGACCAGAUAGGAAGCAACACCUCACUCGCUCAAAAAUGUCUGAUGUCCUUUUGCGUCAUUUUCCUAAGGGAGAGUUAAUAACCACAUGCCAGCUAAUUGAAGGCGAGACUAUACCAGAGAUAUCCUUUACUGAAAGUAUUGAUGAACCUCUGAAUAAACCUGAGACUUCAGAACUUGCCAAGUGCCCUUUAUCUCAUGAACAACGGGCAACUAACUUUGAAGAGUAUCACUUAGAUAAGCAUGAGGAAAUAAACACUGGUGAGAAAGAUCAAACUUUGCUAAAUGAAAAUAAGUUUGUUUCAAAGAGAUCUAUUUCUGCUACUAUUGAGUGUGGGUGUGUACAAGAAAGUUCACCAUUAAUUAGUGAGAAUGAAGAUACACACACCUUUCAAAACACUAAAAAAGAACAACAAAAAGAUCCAUUUAAGAGAACAGGUUCAUCUCACGAGCUCAAAUUUGGCCAAGGUCAAGUUCAUUAUUGCCUUACUGAUUUCUCUAAAGUUGCUUCAGAAGUUAAAGUACCAAAAAGAAAUGACAACAAUAAAUCAGCUCCUGUCACUGAUAGGACAAAAACCUUUCCUAUUUUGCCAAGUAAAUCAGUAAUUGCAAAUGACAUUGUAGAAAACAGGAACUACUUUGAUUCUGUUGAAGUAGAGAAUCAAGAAGAAAUGAGUGUUCCAGAACUGUUGCAACAGCUGGAGAUGCUGACACAGCAUGCUGAUGCCCAGAAUCAUACCGAUUAUUUGAGACUUAAUCCUAAGAUGCUUCCUCAGUCAGAUUUUCCAAAUCCAAGUUUUGCCAUUUACUCAGGAGGCGCUGAGACAUCCUCUGAAGUUUUUGCAUUACACCCUCCUUUUCCUAUACAACCUAUGCUUGCUUUGUCUGAAGCAGGAUUACAGUGUGGGGCAACAGUAUCAACAUUACCAUCAGCUGGUACAGUAGAAGCACACUGCCUAAAUCCUUCCAGUUUACUUCUAGAACUAACACAAGGAGAAAAGAUGACUCAAAUACUAAAGGAACAAACAGAUCAACUGCAAAUGGAAGUAGAGGACUUCUCUAAACAUAUGACCCAAGAGACAUUCCUUUUACAAGACAAAUACCUGGUGUUAAGUCAGUUGAAAAGACGCCUUGAUGCCCUGGAACAGAAUUAUUUAACUGCUAGAGAAGAGCACCGUAAUUUACAGCUGCAGAACUACAAGGACAAGUCCAUCAACAUUGGAAAGUUUGAUCCUGAAAGAAAGGUGGAAGGGGAAAUAUUUAGACUUGGCACGCUGCUUGAAGACAUCCACGAGCAGGAUGAUAACAGCAAAUGCAGCUUGUCUCCUUUGCUUACUCCUUAUGAAUCUGCCCAUUCAUCCUAUUCUCUUUGUGAGAGCUCAGUAAAUUCAAGCAUUACUGAUCCUCCAGAAAGAAAAGCUACUGAAACUGCAUUUCUUCACAAGAAGAAUGAGGCAGAAAAUACAAGUCAUACAAUUGAUGUGAUCCCUCAGGCAAAUCAUACACUUUCUUUAGAGGGUGACAAGUGCAAUCCUUACCCACAUGUCCAAUUGAAAUUACAGAAGAGAGACAAACUGACUCCCAAAAGAGAAAUGGAGCUUCUGGGAAAAGGAAGUCUGCUCGCAAAUAAGCAUUCUCCAAAUGUAAUGAGAUUUCUUUCACCUGAGGAAAUACAUGGUGCUAAAGGUCUUGGAUCCCACAGUCAGGGUAAAUCAAGUCAAAAAUUGAACGAAGAUGAAGAAAGCAUGGAAAGCAGUUGGAAUUUUUGGCAAAUUGCAUCUCCGUCCAAAGCUAGAUCUUUUAAUACGUGCCGUGUAGAACAUGAUAUUCAUCUAAACAUUCUGAAGAAAGAAGGAAAACUAGCUCAGUCUUCUGAUCACCAUUUUCAUGAACGAGUAGAAAAAUUUGAUGGUACUGUAUGCCCCAAGUUGAAAAUACACGUUACAAAUAUGGCAAACAAGGAACUUGAUUCUGACAGAAGUAAUGAAAACACCCAGAAAAGGAAAACUGGAAGAAGUUCAAUCUUCAUUCAAGGAAAACCAACUGAUUUAUCAGAUACCAACCUGAGCAGUGAUUCAGAAGACAUCUCAGCCUGUGAUUCUUGCAAUGAUUCACAAAGUGAGGAAUUUUUGAACCACGAGACUGAAAGUUACAAGACAUUCAAUGCAAGAUUACAUGGAGAUAGAAAAGAAAUUAGACACAGAUGCACUAGAGGAAGCAGAGAUCAAUUUAAACUCGGGAAUUACAAAGAGUUUGCUCAGUCUUGUGCCCUGUGUAGAACUAAAAAUUCCAGUUUAACUUCUUAUUCACAGAAGAGAAUCACCACUCAAAAGGUUUACAGAAAUGAACAACCACAUCGACUUGUAAAUAGACUUUCAGAAAGGCAAAACUUGGAGACUGCCAGAACCUGCUGUGCAAGCACGUACGACACAGUUAUCCUUUCACCUCAAUACCUACCCAGAAACAAGACUCCUGGAAGCAAAUCAGCAGUCAACAUCAGAAACACAAAUGCAAGCAAUUUCAAUGCAAAUAUUCUAAGUUCUGCCCUGGAUCAUGCCAUACAGACAGCAAAUAGUUUGAAGAAAACUACAGAACGAAUGGUACAAGCAGUUUCAGAAGAUUUAGCUAAAGUUAGAAGCAAACAGCUUUAAUUACCCAGUCUCGAAUACUGAAUUCUUUUGCUCGUUCAUAUACAAGUGUCAGUAUCUCUACAA